UUGGGCUGUGGGCAAUGUGGAAAAGGGAUCUGACGAAGGGUAAUGUAAAGCGAGCGUAAUGGAGUUGUCCUUUUUUUCUGUGGGUGCGUCCGGUUGCUUUAAGUUGAUAGAAGCUCAUUUCCGGGCUCAUUGAUGGAAUUGGUUUCUUUUGCGUGGAAGGAUAUGGAUUUAUGCGGGGCAAAAGGGAGAUGAACGCAAGGAAUAUAAGAAGAUUAUACUGGGCAUGAGCACCAUCCUGGUAGUAGCUAUUGUGUAGCGGAAAUCCAUUUCCUAAUAACCACAGAUCUAUCAGGAAGAAUUGGUAUUCUUUCUUAUAUGUUGGUAAUUACUGAUUAUUGUUGUUGUGUUUUACUCUUAUUUAAAUUAUAUUUUAUCCACAUCUUGGAAAUAUUCUGCUUCGGUUUCUAAAUGCAGAACCCAGAAUUUUAUAUAUUUUUUUAAAGACCGUUGCAAAAACAGGUUUUUUUCUGAAUUUAUAUUGAAUAUCUUGAGUAUUUGAUUUAACCUUCGUUUCUAUGACCAAAAAUGCACCCUCAAGUUUAUGACCGCCUUCCCGAGUAGGUUAUACAUUUCAUAAGGGAAUUUGUAUUUUUAUCGAUGAAAAACUUUCUUAUUUAGCUUAUUUUAUGUAGCUAUAAUAACGAUAUUUCUUUUGAUGUUAUACAUUUAUGAUGUAUGGGUUACGUACAUUUAAAUGAACAGUAAAUAGUUCAACUGACACUAAUAGAUCGCCAUGUCGUCCCGACUGUCGGGGCAAUCAUUUCAAUAUAAAUGACUUUAGAAGAAUAUUUGGAGCUAGAAAACUUUUGGAAUAUAUUUUAGAAAUAUAAGUACAUGCAUUGCUAUACACAUCAAUACAAAAUUAACGACUAUACUCGUUCUGUUCUGUUUUGUUUACCAAUGUUUGAAUACAUGUUUUCUGGGCAUUUUGAAAACUUUCGAUUCGAUUCGAUUUUCCAAUAAAAAGUUGUUAUACAAAUAAUUAGCAAAACAUACCAGGGUAGGUGGUUAUAGAAAUGAAGGUUAAUUAAAAGUAAUAAGCCCUCAAACAAGGGAAAACACAAAACCAACCACAUUUGAUCAUAGUGCAAUGAAGAAAAGCCCUGAUUUUACGCCUGAAGGGUAUGCAAUGUUAGAAGUGGAGCAAAAUGAUUACGCGGCACCCUGUGUGAAAUUUUUGGAGCUAUAUCUGGUGCGGCAUCGUGUAAGGUCGUUCUAAUUUUAUUUAAAUUGUUCAGAUAUUUAUUUGGCAAAAAUGUUUGUUUAACAUGAGAAAAGUCUAACUGCUCGUUAUUAUACAAAUCUAAAAAUAAACUAAUCUCAUUGAAUGAUUAAUCAUGUUUAACAUGAAUGUUAUGUAAAUGUAAUCAUAAGAUCUUGUCUAAAAUACUGUUUAGCUGUACAAUAUUUGUUUUAAACGAUGAAAUUAGGUCAAAAUAGAGGUUUUUUUUUGUACCAAAUGCGACGUGCGACAAUCUGUCUUCGUACUCAAUAAAGCACCAGAAACUGUUGCGCUCUUCUUUUGCUCAUCCAUUUACCGUACAGUUUACACUUCUUAAAUGAUUAAUUAGUUUGCCGGCGGUACAUGGGGCAUUGUACAUGGUUUGCUGAGAUGUUUUGCUUCUGCUCAAGCCAUCCAUCCCCCGGCGCACGUCUUUAUCUGUGUAAAACAUGUGCAUGCGGUCGUUCGCUCGGCGGUACCGAGCGUCUCUCCGCCCAGCGCAAUUACAAUGUGUUGUUCAUCCACUUGCUCUGAUGAAGACCUUCAACUCUACACCCGGUUUACCUUCAACCGUCGAGGUCGAGAGGUACCGAGGUUUCUGCUAAGUGAUCUUGCUCGGUUUGCUGUACCCAAUGUGUGUGUGCCUCCCUUUUUAUGAGUAAUAAUCAACUCGAAGCAAUGCGUCACAAGUCGAUCGUUAAACAUGAUGGAACUGGGGAGAAGUACAAAGUGCUAAAAAUACGUCUUUUCUAUUUGUGAAACUUUUUUUUAUCUUUGCUUCCAAAUCUUCCAGUUCUAGGUUAUAUUUAUCAAGACCGGUUUUCCUCGAGCCCAUUGUAGGGCUGUAAAAUAUGACGAUGAUUAAUGGAUUUCUAUUGCGCUUCGAUUUGAAAUACGUUUACAUUCAGAUCGAAAGACGAAAGAAAGGAUCGAAACGGAACUAAGAUUGUUUAAAAAUAGUCCCAAUAGAUAUAGGGAAGCAGUAAAGAGACGGGCGGAAAUAGUAAAGCCAUGGAAGACACAAUAAUAAAAGAGAAGCAAAAAAGCAAAAGAGAUAAACGAAAGAGAAUCAAACGUUUAAAACGCGCGCGGAAAGCAUAUGACCAAAAAAGCAAAACAAACAAGUUCAACGUGCGAUCGGGCGCACUGCUCUUGGAAGCUUGCGCGUUCUGCUCACCUAGGUCGGCCGCCUUACCCCCUCUUUCUCUCUCUCUCGUGGAACCACCAUAGAGAACCAGUUCUCGCCUUCAUCUGCUACACACGGCGGUCACGGUGUGCGUAAGGCUCGUCCCCACUGCUAGCGAGUGGGCACCGAGGGCCUUAGUCGAUUGUACGGUGAUGCAGGUUAGUUUCAGUUGUAUCGCGACACUGCGGCCAUCAGCACCACGCUGCUUGAGCACCGUACACACAAACGCGCUACCCAGUCCCCCUGCCAGCCAGCCAGCCAGCCAGCCGGCCGUGGGAAGUGGUGUAAUCGAACCGUCAUCCAAUACGCGCGGUUGCAGUUUUAUGUCACAGGCCGAGCCAUGUCUCGUCUAGCGUAACCGAAGCAGCGGCGUGCAUUUUGCUAGCUGUAGCGUCCAUUUAUUACAACAAAAAAUAGAAACGAUUUCAGUGCGUAGAUAAGAGAGUGCGUGUUUGAGGCGUUUGUUGCCUUCAGUGUGUGUGUGUGUUUGUGUGUCGAUCGCAGCACUAUAAUCGUUGAGUCUGUGAGAAGAACGCAUUCCUAUCCGGGCUUGCAUUGGCUCAUCCUCGGCGAAGAAGAAGAAGCUUAAUAGCGGCUCAAUAAUAGUUCAUUUCUUCGUGUCGUUCGGUGUGUUUCGAAGUGGCGUUCCUAGUUCUACAAGGGGAGAGUGAUUAACAUUCUACUUCAUAUCCUGUCCCAGUUUUCUUCGCUUCAAUCCCGGCGGCAUAGAGCUAGCUUGAAAAGUGUCGCGAUAUUAUUAUUAACCUUUCCAACGUACGUCUCACCUUCUGCUACAUUAUUAACACACCGCACCCGGCCACACAGGCUCAGGAUCAAAGGCUCGAAAAGGCUGCGCCGAUAGAGAGCGAGAUAAUAAUGACACUGUCGCUGCUAGGUGCCAACACGGCCUGGAUGGUCGCAAUCUGGGCCGGUUUGCUGCUCGUCUUCAGCCCGGUCCUGUUCGUAGUGAGCGUGUGUCUGCCGGAGCUGCCCUUACUGCUCAUUAGGCGCCUGCAUUACAUCCCGUUCGAUUCCGUUUGAUUGGCGACCGCAAUGGUUCCUCCCGGGAAAGGCGAAAGGGCCACAGAUAGAACCAAGCAGGGCACCAAGUUCCCAAGUCCUACACAAAAGGAGAGGGAGGAUAGUGAUUAGAUGGUAGCUAGGAGUAGGACUUCUUCGAUUUCUGUCGGAAUACGAUCAGGCUCUGGUAGCUUCUUUUCCUAUCGGAUUUCGGUCAAUGUUGGUGCCCUCUGCCCGCUACUAGGAAACGAAUUGGGGAAACCCACCAUACGCCAACAACCGCCGCUUCUCAGAGACUGCUUAUUUAUUCUAGUGAGAACACGAGACAAAAGAAAGGCUAAAUUAAUUUAUCGCAUAGAGUGUGAGGCAAGAUUUUGGGACAGGAUUGCAUUGUGCCCGUCAAAUAAGAUAGAUAGACGCACACACGCGCAAAAAAAUGUCGAUCUGUCACAAUGUGUGUGUGCGUUAGCAGACUUACCGUACGUACCUGUCGUCCCUUCUCCCCGGAGGCCAUUAGCCUAAUUAAACGUGAUAGAGCAACGGAGCGCCACUACUGCAGCCUUGUUACUACUGGCUCUGGAUGCGGCGUCGCUGCCCCGCAAUUGUAAUCCUUAAUGCGUUGGGUAGAACAUAUCCCGGUGCUUUGAUUGCAGGAGGAUGCAGGAUAACCAGUGUUGUCCUGUGCUCGGCAUCACCGUGCAAGCACAUUGUCUGAUUAAUUUCUACAUUAGAAAGCGCAAACAUCGACAGCAACGCGAACGCGAGUAGAAGAAGUGCCUUAAACGAGAAGGGAAGAAUCUGAAAACUUUUGACUAUACAAACGAACGAUGAUGAUAUUUUGACACCAUAUUUUGUACAUUCUUUAUACCUAAGUAUUAUACCACAUUGUGUGUGCAAGUGCCGUUUUAAAUAAAGCGACCAUUUUAUACAACUUUUAAUUUUACCGUUCGAAAUAGAAAUUCUGUACAAAAUCCGAACUGCAAUUGACAACUGAACAACUGAACUCGCAGCAAACAUGUCCUGAUUUCGUUUUCGCCCAGUGAUGGCCUCUUUGCACACACAGAAACACAGCUCGAAGUAGCCAUCGAAUUGCAAACGAAACUGCCAUGGUUACGCAUCGAACGGUGGGCCUUUUUUCCCGCCGUCGACAGUGUUGGUAACCCUACGAAACUGCGGGUCGCUAUUUACCUGCAAUAAACAGCAAUCGAGCGUUAUCCUUCAAUCCGGCCGCGCGCGUGUGUUUGUGUGUGUGUGUGCGCGCGUUAGAGUGAGACCUCUGCGAAACGAAAAGCAAAAGGGCAAGCGGGCAGAAGUUUGUUCAGGCCAAGGAGUUUUCAGCACUUGAGAAGUUUUUUGUUCGCGGGGCUCGAAAUCCGAACUAAAGCGUCGAAAAUAAUUAAAGCAAGCGUGGUGCAGGCGGAAGGUUGCGGCGAAGGUGACGGAGUGUAAAAAUCGAUCGAAAUCCGGUUAUCUAAAUUUAUCCUUCGGGGGCAUUUAACGUUUAACGAAAACAAAAAAACAACAGGAUUGAAUUUAGGCAAAUUUUAACCCCUCCGUCCUGCCCCCCAGAUUGCUGCGAUCCGCGCGGCGUAGUGUGAGUGCUGUUUGGAGGGCCUCUAUUUUAAGGCGCCUGGUAGGUAGGCAAUCGAGUGUAUCGAAAGCGGUUGCGCGCGCGUUCACCCCGCUUUUUUCUUCGUUUUUGGUUCGACCAGGCGCGUUUAUCGUUAAUUUGUGAAAAGCGGAUAAAAAACAAAAAGUUGCGUUUGUUCUUUUUUCGUCCUCUUCUCUCUAUUCGACGCUAAAAAAACAGGCUAAUCGUGAUCCGUACCGACGCCGCCGCCGCCGGGAGUGUGCCGUUAUAAAUUUCAUCCAUUUCGAUCGUCACCCCCGUCCCCUUUUUGGGCUUUCCGUCGCGCCCAUCGAUUGUGUAACCGGAACCGCGAGUAGGCGAGUAGUGCUGUUAAUAUUUUGGACUGUCACGGGUAGGAUUACGCCCGAAAAAAAAGAAGACUCCCUGUGAGUUCGUUGUGAGGUUAGACGUCACGACUGGCGGCAAACGGAUCGAAGCUCGGAUCAGCAGGACGAAGGAGGUGGUCCAGUUGACGGGUUGAUUAAUUAGCCCAGCGACAGCACGCCGCUGAACACUGAAGGAAGGAAGUCUACCCCAACACACCACCACCAACAACAGAGCCAGGAUGCCGCUCAAGAGACGUAACACGAAUCGAAUCUCCUCGAUGCAGAAGAUCGGCAAGGGAGAACCGGUCGACAACGAUGAGUUCGACACGUGGAUGAAGUCGAAGCAGCUGCUCAAGCCGGAUGAUCAGCUGGACCUGACCGAGGCGGAGCUGGGCGAGGAGAUCCCGAAGCUGCUGUCGACCGAGAACCGCCACCUGCCGCGCAACCUGGUCGUGUACGACUUCCGGGAGGGUGCGUUCCUGCCGGUGCCACCGCCCGAGAACACGAUCACGCUGCUCGAGUUCGAGGGCACCUCCAUCCACAAGGACACGGACGAGGCGAAGGAGCAGAUCUCGCGCAAGGGCACCGACGAGUUGAAUGUCACGCUGGACAAACCGAAGGAAACUCUCGCCGAAGACCAGGAGGACACGAAAAAGCCCGACACACCGGAAACUGGUGACGGCGAAGAGGGUGAACGGGAUGAAGAUGAAGCGGAAGGUGAAGGCGAAGGUCAAGAGCAGGAGGAAGAAGUACAGCCUCCGCCGGAAGAGGAAGCUCCGAAGAAGAAGCUCACGAAUCAGUUCAACUUUUGUGAACGUGCCGCCUUGACGAUAGCGAACCCGUCACGGUCCGUCGACACUCAAACAAUACCACCGCCAAGAUCAUCGUACGGUGCCAGCGUGCUCCAGUGGGUGAUCUACGAUUCGUACAUCGAGGAUUACGCGCAGCAGCAGCGCGAGAAGGAACGCGAGAAGGAGAAAAAGCCCGGCCUGCAGCGGCGCGACGAGAAGAGCCGCAAGGACGAGAAGGCCAAACAGGCGGAAGAGUUUAACAAGCGCUACCUGCAGGCGUGCCAGAUCAUCGAGCGGAUGGUGAACCAGAACAUUUACGACGAGAUCGCCCAGGACUAUCGCUACUGGGAGGAUCCGUCCGAUGAGUUCCGCGAGGAGGAGGGCACACUGCUGCCGCUGUGGAAGUUUUCCUACGAGCGGACGAAGAAGAUGUGCGUUACCGAUCUUUGCUUCAACACGCUGUACUACGAUCUGUUUGCCGUCUGCUUUGGGACACUGGACUUUAUGAAACAGAACGCUGAAGGUGCCGUUUGCUUGUUUACCAUAAAAAAUCCCUCCUUCCCGGACUAUAGAAUCGCCACCGAAAGUGGUGCCAUGUGCUGCGACAUUCACCCCAAGUACCCGUACCUGAUUGCGAUCGGCCUGUACGAUGGGAACGUGAUCGUGUACAACCUGCAGGUCGGUACGAAGGAGGGCCCGGUCUACAUCUCGCACGGCGUCAACGGCAAACACGCGGAGUGCGUGUGGGAGAUCAAGUGGGGCCCGGACAUGCAGGAUGGCGAAAUCAACUUUUUCUCCGUGUCGGCCGACGGGAAGGUGUUCAACUGGGUGCUGAUGCAGAACAAGCUGGCCAUUACCACGAUCAUUACGCUGUUUCUCGAGCUGGAUCAGGUCAGCGGUCCCGAUGGCAGUACGCUGCGGUUGAAGGGUAGCGGCACUUGCAUGGUGUUCCAUCCUCACAAUCAAGAAAUUUUCCUCGUCGGUACGGAGGAAGGAUACAUCUUUAAGUGCAGCACAGCGUACAGCUCGAAAUAUCUAAUGACGUAUCAUGCACACUAUCUGCCGGUGCAUCGGAUGGAUUACAACAAGUUCAAUUCGAACAUUUUCGCCUCCUGCAGUGGCGAUUGGCGGGUGAAGAUAUGGGAAGAUAUGCGCCCUGAACCUCUUUUCAUCUUCGAUCUGGGCUCCUCGGUGGGCGACGUGAAGUGGGCACCGUACUCGAGCACCGUUUUCGCGGCCGUCACGACCGAGGGCAAGGUGUUUGUGUUCGAUCUGAACGUGAACAAGUACAAAGCCAUCUGUACCCAGGCGAUCGUUUCGAAACGCAAGAACAAGCUUACCCGGCUGGCGUUCAACCAGAAGCUGCCGUUUAUCAUCGUCGGGGACGAUAAAGGCACAACGAUUACGCUGAAGCUUUCACCUAACCUACGCAUCAAGACCAAGAUGGGCAAGAAGGCGGGCGUCGUCGAUCCGCAGCUGCUCGAAAGCCAGAAGCUGGACCGGUUGCUGUCGCUCGUUCGUGAGCUACCGGAAGGUGAAACGGUCAAGGAAACCGUGUCGACCGUCGCAUCGAACUAAGCAUGAGGAAGACAUUGAGAGAUUGCGAGGAAGAGCGACCUGUUUUUGUGCACGUUAUCGAACCCACCUUUGGCAAACGUACGUUUAUUGAGAGCAAAAUUCGCAGCAUGGCAGACAAAGAAGACACCCAACGGAGGAUCGGUGUAGUGGACCGGUUCGUUUUGAUUGUUAUUUUUCGGAUCCCGCUCACGGAGUUUGAAAUAAACGAGUCGUCGAAAGUCAAAUUA